CCGGAAGUGCGGCCUUGGAGGUGGUGAGCUGGAGGCGGCCACCGCCGGGCCUGGUGCCUGAGGAGGAGCCGGAGGUGGGGUCAGGCGGGCAUCCCCCUGCCGCAGGGCCGGCGGGGAGGCCGGGGCGUGCCGGGCGAAGGGCGCCGGCGCCAGGCUUGGCGCGCGCGCCGCAGACGUGAGGGGGCGCUGCAGGACGGGGGCACGUCGCGGGCGAGAGCGCGGAGGCGGGAAACCUAGUCGGCCGCAGCCGGGGCGGGUGCAGCCCGCGCAGAUCGGAGACGGGGGUGCUGGGCUCAGGGUGAGGCCCGAGCAGUGGCGCAGAGGACGGGAGAGGGUGCUCGGAGCAAAGUGCGAGGCGUGCGCCCAGGCGCGGUGGCGAGGAUGUCCGAGUGCAGCGUCUCAAGGUGGGCCUUUGUUCCGAGGCGCCCAGAGGCUCUGCUGCACCUGCACGGUAAUCGGAGGCCGCUGGAGAGCAGGGCGGAGGCGGAUCGGAAGAGGAGGGGUUCGGCCCCUACGGAUUGAGGCGCAGGUUUCUGCCCCCAUCGGCCGGGCACGGCUUUGACGUCUUUUCCGUGCUGGGUGAAUAAAGAGGGUGGAGGGUGCUUGAGGCAGAGGUAACGGCACGUGCAGCCUUGGCCUGUUUAAGGAAUUGCCGCGGAGAACUCCGAGCCGAGGAGGGUCCCGAUCUGUGAGGCCCAAUCAAGAUUCCAGGAAGCACCAGGCUGCAGGAGGCAUCUCUCCCUAGCUGUGCGGGAGUUGGCCAGAGACCAUGUAUUUUCCUCCGAUGGCGGCCGCGGAGGCGGUGCACCACAUUCACCUGCAGAACUUCUCCCGAUCCCUGCUUGAAACCCUCAACGGGCAGCGGCUGGGUGGGCACUUCUGUGAUGUGACUGUACGCAUCCGUGAGGCUUCACUGCGCGCACACCGCUGCGUGCUGGCCGCCGGCUCGCCCUUCUUCCAGGACAAGUUGCUGCUCGGCCACUCUGAGAUCCGUGUGCCGCCUGUGGUGCCCGCGCAGACAGUGCGUCAGCUCGUCGAGUUCCUCUACAGCGGCUCGCUAGUCGUGGCGCAGGGUGAAGCGCUGCAGGUGCUCACGGCCGCCUCGGUGCUGCGCAUCCAGACGGUCAUCGACGAGUGCACGCAGAUCAUCGCCCGCGCCCGCGCCCCUGCCCCAGGCACCCCCGCGCCGGCGCCCCUGCCCACGCCCGUGCCCCCGCCGCUCGCGCCCGCGCAGCUGCGCCACCGCCUGCGCCACUUGCUGGCCGCGCGGCCCCCGGGCCACCCCGGUGUCGCGCAUACACGCAAGCAGCGCCAGCCCGCCCGCCUGCAGCUGCCCGCGCCCCCUGCGCUUCCCAAGGCGGAGGGGUCGGAUGCCGACCCUGCCCUAACCGCGGCCCCAGACGACGGCGGUGACGACGACGACGACGAGACCGACGACGAGACCGACGGCGAGGAUGGCGAAGGCGGCGGCCCGGGUGACAGCCAGGCGCCCCCGUCCUUCCCUGACUGCGCGGGCGGCUUCCUCCCGGCCGCGGCUGACAGCGCGCGAGAGGAGCCGCCCGCGCCCGCCGGCCUCUCCGAUUACGGCGGCGCCGGGAGGGACUUCCUCCGAGGGACGUCGGCGGCCGAGGACGUGUUCCCCGACAGCUACGUCUCCGCUUGGCAAGACGGAGACCAAACCGCCCCUGAAGGCGGUCCUGCCGAGACCCCUGCCCCGUCCGACUGUGUCCUGUCCGGACCCCGCCCACCUGGCGUGAAGACCCCCGCGCCGCCCGUCUCGCUUUUCCCCUUUCAUCUGGGCGCUCCCGGGCCGCCCCCCCAACCCCCUCCCGCCCCCUCCGGGCCGGCCCCCGCGCCCCCGCCGGCCUUCUACCCAGCGCUCCAGCCCGACGCAGCUCCCAGCGCGCCUCCCGGGGAGGCCCCGGCCCCACCGGCCGCUCCCACGGCAGCCCCGUCGACCACCCCUGCGCGCGCGCCGGGCGCCGAGCCUCCCGCCUACGAGUGCAGUCACUGCCACAAGACGUUCAGCUCUCGGAAAAACUACACCAAGCACAUGUUCAUCCACUCGGGGGAGAAGCCCCACCAGUGCGCCGUGUGCUGGCGAUCCUUCUCGCUGCGCGACUACCUGCUCAAGCACAUGGUCACGCACACGGGCGUGCGCGCCUUCCAGUGCACCGUCUGCGCCAAGCGCUUCACGCAGAAGAGCUCGCUCAACGUGCACAUGCGUACCCACCGGCCCGAACGCGCGCCCUGCCCCGCCUGCGGCAAGGUCUUCUCUCACCGCGCGCUGCUGGAGCGCCACCUGGCCGCGCACCCCGCGCCCUGAUCC